AUGGCGCUAAUGAACGGAAUAUUUAGUCGUCCUCAGAAGGACGACUCGCAGUACGUGGACGAUUUGUCCAGAGAUGUGGAGAGCCUCAACUUCGGAGCUCCUUCCACACCAAAGAAGGGGUAUGCGGACGGUUCAUUUAUGCAGAUAUGCUCCCCCGACAGAAGUCCACAGUACCAACAACAAAACGCGCAAUCCUCGCCAAUGAACUAUGGAAUAAACAACAAAGAAAACACACCAAGUUCUUCUCCCAGCAAACUGCAGAUGAGAUCAAACAACCUGUUCCAGACUUCAAGACUAGACAGAGCUUUUUAUACCAAGGCAAAUUCGCCUAAAACCAAAAGAUUAGUGACUGUAUGCCAGAUGUAUUUUCUCGACUAUUACUGUGACAUGUUCGAUUAUGUGAUUAGCAGACAGCAGAGAAUUCAGCAAGUGGAGAGCUCUUUGAGUACCUUACCACAGGAGGAGAAAUCUCUACAAUGGAGAAACUACAUUGGCCGCGAGCGUGCAUUUCUGAGAAAGAGACGUAUCAAGCCCAAGCAUAAAGAUUUCGACAUUAUUACACAGGUUGGUCAAGGAGGUUAUGGUCAGGUUUUCCUGGCUAGAAAGAAGGACACAAAGGAAAUCUGUGCCUUGAAGGUCUUGAACAAGAAAUUACUCAGUAGGACAGAUGAAACAAGACAUGUUUUGACAGAAAGGGAUAUCCUCACAAAUACAAGAUCGGAAUGGCUAGUUAAACUUUACUACGCUUUCCAAGAUGCCGAAAGUCUUUAUAUGGCAAUGGAAUUUGUCCCCGGUGGUGACUUCCGUACACUAUUGAACAAUGCAGGUUAUUUGAACCCCCACCAUGCCAGAUUUUACAUUUCAGAGAUGUUUGCCGCAGUCAAUGCCUUACAUCAAUUAGGAUAUACACAUAGAGACUUGAAACCAGAAAACUUCUUGAUUGAUGCUAAAGGCCACAUCAAGUUAACUGAUUUUGGUCUUGCAGCAGGAUCUGUAUCGACAGAUAGAAUCGAGUCAAUGAAGUUGAGAUUGAACCAAGUGAAGGACCUGGAAUAUAAACCAAAAGAAAGAUCGGUCAGUGAGCGUCAACAAUUGUACCGUUCGUUGCGUGCGAAAGAUAUUCAUUACGCACAUUCUAUUGUUGGCUCACCAGAUUACAUGGCGCUUGAGGUGCUGGAAGGAAAACCAUACGAUUAUACGGUAGAUUACUGGUCUUUAGGCUGUAUGCUCUUUGAAACCAUUGUCGGUUAUACUCCAUUUUCGGGUAGUUCAUCUGACGAGACUUACGGAAACUUGAAGAGGUGGAAACAUGUGUUAAGAAGACCACGAUAUGACGAUGGCAGAUACGUGUUUAGCGACAGAACGUGGCAGUUCAUCACCAGAUUAAUUGCAUCACCAAAUGACAGACUAAGAUCUUUCAAGCAGGUGAUUGAAAUGCCUUACUUUUCCGAUAUACACAACUGGGAAAGCUUGAGAGAAACUGUGCCUCCAUUUAUACCACAAUUGGACAACGAUGAAGAUGCUGGUUAUUUCGAUGACUUCGAAAAUGAGGCCGACAUGGCUAAAUACAAAGAUGUCAUUGCUAAAAGAGCACACGAUGAACGCAUCGCCCAAAAUAGUGUCAGGGCAGACCAGAAGAAUUUUGUAGGAUUUACCUUCAAGCACAAAGGAAAUCCUGGAAUCAAUCCUAAUAACAUUCUUGCACCUAUAAUCUUGAAUGGUAGAAGCGAUGAUAGAAAUGGUUAUGGUCAUGUGUUUUCAGAUAAGGAGACGAAUAGUGAUAUUCUAGAGCCACAGAUCCCAAUUUAUUUCAGUGAAGGAGAGAAAGAGUGUUUAGUGCCGAAAAACUUAUCAGAAAAUUUUCUCUAUUUGGGAAAAAUUGGGACAUACAAGCUUGUCAGUGGUUUAAAAGUUGGGUAUGUCUAUGGAAGUUUGGAAAACCACACUGCCGAACAAAUUGCUGAUAAAUUCAAAGGAAAAGAAGUGGACAUUAUGCUAACUUAUUACUGGCCAGAGGCAAUUGCUAAGGAAGAAAACCUUGUUCUUUGUGGUAACAAAAAGCUAGACAGUUUAAUUAGUAUCGCCAAACCUAGAUACUGGUUUGCUUCAGGAACACCAAAGGGAAGAUUUUUUGAGCGAGAGGCAUAUUCUAUAGACGGAAGAACAACAAGAUUUAUAAGCCUGGCAACUAUGAAUGAGGGAAGGUGGUGGUAUGCUUUUAAAAUUUCAGUGGACCCUGCUGAUGAUAGCGUGGUUAAAACGGGUUCUCCUCCCAAAUUAAUCUUGGAUGACAAUGUUGUGAGAGUCAAUAAACGACCAUACAACGAAGACGGACCUGUGCUAAAGAAAAUUUCCCGGGAGAAAUUGGAUACUGCCUCUGUUACACCUGCAGAAUGUUUUUUGUGUUUAGCAAAUCCAAAUUUUGAGCUACAUAUGGUCAUUUCGGUUGCAAACUUGAGUUACCUUACCAUCAGCAAAGGACCUUUGACACUGAAAAAACCUCUUGGAUUCUCGGGACAUGGAAUGAUUGUUCCAAUUGAGCAUUAUUCCACUCUUCGUGAGUACGUUCAAGAUAAAGAAGGCGAGACAAAGGUAGAAAAUUCCGAGCUUGUUUCUGAAAUCACUCGUCUCCAGGUCAGCCUAGUAAAGAUGUUCAGAAACCUUGGUGAUUUUGCAGUAGUGUUUUGGGAAAUAUCAAGGAAACGUAGUGUGCAUUGUCACUUACAAUUUGUUCCUGUGCCGAAUAAACUGGCCAAGUUUUUUGAACGAACUUUGAAAAAUCAGAUAGAGUACGAUAAACGGCUUUAUCCAGAGCCUCUCCGCUACCAUAAAUUCACGGAAGAUUUGAGUGAUAAGGAUAAACUAAGCCAGACAAUCAACAGUGAAAAUUAUGUUUUAUUUACAUUACAUGAAGAUACUGGAGUCACUAAAUACUUGAUUGCAUUGGGGACCGAUGAUGACAAGUAUUUCGAUGCCCAGUUCCCCCGAAAGGUGAUGGCUGUGCUACUCAACUUGAAGAACAGAAUACGUUGGGAUAAAUGCACCGAAACGAAGGAAGAAGAAAGCAUACAAAAAGAUAAGUUCCAACAGGCUUAUAGACCAUACGACAUAAUGCUUUCGAACGAAUAG